GGGUCUCUGCGUCGCUCCCGCCGUUGCUGCCACACCGCUUCCUUCCUUCCGCGCCAGGGCACCGCCCGUGAGCUCUGAUUCGGAGCUCCGGAUCCAUCCGCGCGGACCUUGGGCUUUCCCUUUGUUUAUAGGCGGCCGCUGGUGGAGCCCGUUCUGGUAGCCACCUCGGGAUUCGCCCUGGAUCGGCGCAGAUCUGGACGCACAUGAGGCGCCGCCGCCGCCGGGUCACCAGAAGAGGAUGCGGAGCCUGCGGUAGGGGGAGCGGCGCCAGCGAUGGGGUGCUGGGCUGGUGAGCCGGCCAGGGGCGCUGAUUCUGGACCCUGCCAUGGAGGAUGUCGCGCUACCCGCGCCGCCCGCGCCGGUGUUUAGCCCCGCCACGGCGGGGCUCACGCUAAUCGCCGCCGCCGCCGCGGAGCCGAUUGUGGCCGUGGUGGCGGGGGCCAUGGAGAUGGAGAUGGAGGGGGUCCCGCCAGUGCCGCCGGUCAGGACCACGACCACGCCGGCGGCGGCGACGAUGGAGGAGGACGGGCUGCCAGCGGAAGAGGACGCAGCGGGGAGCCCGUGCUCGGUGAACAGCGACUGCAGCAGCGUCGCCAGCGCCGACUUCGAGGGGGUGGGGCUGGGUUUUUUCGGCUCUGGAGUGGAAGGGGGCGCGGUGGUGUUCGAGGACUCGGGGGCCUCCGCGGCCACCGUCGAGGCGGAGGCCAGGGUCGCGGCAGGCGGGAGGAGCGUCUUCGCUGUCGAGUGCGUUCCGCUCUGGGGGUACACGUCUAUCUGCGGCCGACGCCCGGAGAUGGAGGACGCCGUCGUCGCCGUGCCGCGCUUCUUCGGAUUGCCGCUCUGGAUGCUCACCGGCAGCAAUAUGGUCGAUGGACUCGAUCCAAUCUCCUUCCGCCUCCCCGCGCACUUUUUCGGUGUGUAUGAUGGCCACGGCGGUGCGCAGGUAGCUGAUUACUGCCGGGAUCGCCUCCACGCAGCGCUAGUGGAGGAGCUGAGCAGGAUAGAGGAGUCCGUGUCUGGUGCUAACUUGGGGGCCGUGGAGUUCAAGAAGCAGUGGGAGAAGGCGUUCGUGGAUUGCUUCACUAGGGUGGAUGAUGAGGUAGCCGGUAAAGCAAGCAGCGGAGGAGGGGGAGACGUGGGCACGAGCAAUGCCGCUGCAGCGGCAGAUCCUGUGGCACCUGAGACCGUGGGCACAACGGCGGUGGUCUCCGUCAUCUGCUCCUCCCACAUCGUCGUCUCCAACUGUGGAGACUCGAGGGCAGUGCUCUGCCGUGGCAAGCAGCCUGUGCCCUUGUCAGUGGAUCACAAACCUAACAGGGAGGAUGAGUAUGCAAGGAUCGAGGCAGCGGGUGGCAAGGUCAUACAGUGGAAUGGCUAUCGAGUUUUCGGUGUUCUUGCCAUGUCGCGGUCAAUUGGUGACAGAUAUCUGAAGCCAUGGAUAAUUCCUGUCCCUGAGGUCACAAUUGUUCCUCGAGCUAAGGAUGACGAGUGCCUUGUCCUUGCCAGCGAUGGCCUCUGGGAUGUAUUGUCGAAUGAAGAGGUAUGCGAUGUUGCUCGAAAACGGAUACUCUUAUGGCAUAAGAAAAACGGUGGAAGCUCAUCGUCUGCUCAACGUAGCGGUGACUCCCCAGAUCCAGCCGCCCAAGCAGCUGCUGACUGCUUGUCGAAGCUUGCUCUCCAAAAGGGGAGCAAGGACAACAUCUCUGUUAUUGUGGUUGACCUCAAGGCACAGAGGAAGUUCAAGAGCAAAACUUAAAUCAACUGCUUGAUGGACAACCUUAAUGACAAAUUCCUAGGAAUCUAUAUAGAUUUGGAGAAUCCAAAUUCAAUCAGUUUAGUCCGUCGCCUUAGUACAUUACGUAGCCCAGUUCGUUCUUUUCUUCCUUUUCCAUCAUUUGGGCUGUCAAGGGCUGUAUUCAUGUAUACAGUACAGAUUACGAAAAUCCUCGUCAGGGUUUAUGUUUCCUGAUGGUGGGGGUGAUCCUGUUUUCUGUUCUUCCUUUGUUGCCCCUUAUUCUUUUUGUUAAGCUGGGCCAUCAUGUAUCUGGAAAUGUAUAUUUGAGCCUGUAGGGUAUGAAAGGAACAAGUGGUAUAAAGUA